UUCUCGGGAAACCCAAAGCAAACAAGCGCCCGAGGCCCGCCGCGCUGACAGAGCCGUGCCUGCCGCGUUUUCUCGGGAAAUCUAAAGCAAACAAGCGCCCGAGGCUCGCUGACCCGCUAUUCCCGGGAUGGCCCGGCAGCGGCCAUGGCGGGAGCGGCGCUGAGGGGACCGUGAGGGGCGAGCAUCGGAUACGUGGCUGAAACUGGGUCGUCUUGUGCAGCUCACGACUUCCCUGUGUGUGUGCGGGACACCCCUCAUGGACAUCACCGGCGGGACUUGSGGAUGUGAUCCUGCAAAUUGAAGUCGUAUUUGUGACAUUUGAAGAGCAAACAAUACUAUGGCUACAUGAAUUGCAAAACUGCAGGAAGUGUGGMAGCCCUCCCUACCUCCAGCUUUACUUCCCGACUGUGACAUUCUUACUGGGAACAGUGGUUUCAUCCCUACUGGAUAUGCAGUGACCUGCCUUGGCAUCAGAGCAGAGGAAGCARUUUGUGCAUCAGGGAAAGCCAUGGCCUUGAGCUUGAAUGUUUCUCACCUCUUCCAAAAGUUCAAACUGUUGGUGCUUGUUACUUUGUUUUUGAUGGUGCUAUGGACAACAUUUAGUUACUUAGUAGACACCAGACAGGAAUUUCCUAAAGCUAAGAGCAUGGUGGAGUUUUUCAGGAAGGUUGCUAGCCUGGAGGACAGUCAAAAGGAAGAGAGGAUUGAAUCCACUGAAGAUGUUCCCAUGGCGAAAUCAUUUGAGGGUCCCUGCCCAGCUCAGUCSCCAUACCUGCGAGGUGCCAGCAAGCUCUCCUUUGAACCAUCUGUUACACUKGAAGAAGUGCAAAAGGAGAACCCUCAGGUAGCCAAGGGCCGGUACCACCCUGUGGAGUGCUCAGCCCUGCAGCACGUGGCCAUCCUUAUCCCUCACCGCAACCGAGAGAAGCAUCUGCUGUACCUCCUGCAGCACCUCCACCCCUUCCUGCAAAGGCAGCAGCUGGACUAUGGCAUCUAUGUCAUUCACCAGGCUGGCAACACCAAAUUUAAUCGAGCUAAACUGCUGAAUGUAGGAUACCUAGAGGCCCUAAAAGAAGCAAACUGGGACUGYUUCAUUUUCCAUGAUGUGGAUCUGGUGCCAGAAAAUGACUUUAACAUUUACAUGUGCGACACACAACCAAAGCACCUUGUAGUUGGCAGAAAUAAUACUGGAUACAGGUUACGGUACAGGGGAUAUUUUGGAGGUGUAACUGCUCUAACAAGAGAUCAGUUUUCCAAAGUGAAUGGAUUCUCUAACAACUACUGGGGUUGGGGUGGAGAAGAUGAUGACCUUCGAAUCAGGGUUGAGAUGCAGAAGAUGAAAGUGGUGAGGCCACCUGCUGAUGUGGCCAGGUACACGAUGAUCUUUCACAACCGUGACCACGGCAACGAGGAGAAUCGAGAGAGGAUGAAGCUCCUCCGUCAGGUCUCCAAAACAUGGAAAACAGAUGGGCUGAAUUCCUGUUCCUAUAAACUGCUCUCAGUGGAACACAACCCGCUGUACAUCAACAUCACRGUGGAUUUCAGUGUGCAGCCCAAGGUCUCAUAGGUGCCAGCACCUCCCAGRUUAUAGAAAAUGGCAACAGAUCUCCUUUGUGGUUGCUGUCAGAGCAGAUGACUUCCAAGCAUCUGCUUGGAARAGUCCUUCAGUAGCACAGGAGAAAGUAAAGCGUUCCUUCACAGCAUCUCACUGAGUGGUUGAGAGUUUCCUUUCCUUGAGAGUCCUUUGUGAGGACUGGAGUUAYGGACUGACUCAAGGGACAGAUCCUUGUGUUCUUCUAUGCACUUUUUGCUGGGACAUUUGAAAGUGUCCUUGUUUGGGCUGAUCCAGUGGAAGGACUUAAACGAAGUCCCUGAAAAAAAGUUUGGUUUUGCAACUAUUUCUAAACUUAUUUGUGGUCUCAUUAAAAGCACAASAAUUCUUCAUGAAUGGCAAACUUAAUGAGAAAAGUUGAUUUUUUUUUCUAGCCUAAGGAAACACUGCUUAUAUGUGAGGGAAGGGCAGUAAUGGUAAUGGGUGUUACAAAUCUCUCAAUAAAUGCAGUUCACUGAACUCUGGAAUGUCUCUCAUCCUUCCAUGGGACCACAGUGUCCCAUGUGGAGGGACUGCUGCUGUGUCCUGUGGCAGUGAUCACAGUGUCAUUCCACAGCAGGAUGCCUGUUAUUCUCCAGGGGUGGCAAAGGAAAGACAGUGGCCAACUGUGUUGGAUGGGGAGAAAUUCUUCUCCAUGUUUUUUAAUGCUUUGGGCCACACUGUUAGCAGAGUGUGUGUUUGUAUACAUAUCCAGGCCAUUAUCAUCUGUGAGUCUUGUUUAACCCAUUUCUUAAAGUCUGUGGAUAACUAUUCCGCUGUACUGCAAAAAUCUUUUUUUUUGUGCAAAAAUCUUGAUCAGAGCACUUACCUUGCUCCAUUAUAUUUAAUUGUCUUUACAUGUUGAUGUGAACCCAGGCUUGGGAGAGUUUCUUUUAGGACAUUUCUCUACAGUUGAAUAGACUGAAACGUUAAAUGUUACUAGUUGUACUGGGAUAUAUGCAGCUUUUCAGGGAUGAAGAAAUUUUUGUAUCUUCAAGUAACAAGCCAAAAUACCCUGUGUCACACUCUCAAAAUAACUGGACCUGGCARGCAGUGCUACAGCCUGACGUGGCAGAGAAAUAAAGUUUACAGCAAGGGCUUGGGCAAACUGUGUCAGUCUCACAGUGAGGUAAGUACAAAUGCAUUCCUGCCAGGGUCACAGCUCCACUGUUGACAUGUUUGACUUAGUUUUCCUCUAGUAUUUAAUUUCUCAGAAGUAUUUUGUGUUGAAGACAGCUCAACCUUGAGUGAUAUUUAAUGUCUGAGCAACAGCUGAAGUACUGGAUUAAUUUCCCUGCUCUGAGCAGGAGGUUAGACUAGGUGAUAGCCUCAGG